AUGCUCGACAACAUUAUCCACUAUUCGUCGUGUGAGCUGCUCACUGUACUAAUGGCAAAGUACGAAGCCAGACGCCUCGACUUCCUUGUUCAAGCUGAAGAGCUCGCGCAUUUCGCACAGUCUGUCAAAAGUGAUCCGAGAGGUCCUGCUUCGUCUGGAAAAGACGUCAUUGCGUGUAUCAUUGAGAGAAAACCACGCGUCGAAACACGAGCGUGUUUUGGAUGUGGCAAUGUUGGGCACAUUUUGGCUGCUUGCCCCCAACGGGAAGAAGAAGAAAACAUGAUGGUGCCAAGGGUGGCUGGAGGAGACAAGAAGAAGGCAGCUGUAUACUACACCUUGUGUGCGCAGGAUAGCGGCAUUCAAGACAAGGUCUGCAUUUUGGACAGCGCGUCGAGCCUGCAUCUCGUGAACAACGCAGUACUAGAUGCUCGCGAAUAUGAAGACCAGUGCUUAGUAGCUAACCCUCAGACUGCUGGUGGUGACUUGAAUGGGACUGGCCCGCUCAAACCUUGUGGAAGCCGUGUUAUUUUUCCGAACUAUUACUCGAAGCAGAACGCUGCCAACCAGCGUUCUGCUUCGAGUAAUGGCGCUCGCCAAGCCGAGCAUUGUUCGCCUAAUGAACGUCUACUACGCACCAAUGCUAGCUUGCGACAUAUUGUCGUACGACAAGCUAGAGCCAAAGGAUAUGGACUCGAGUAUACAAACGAUCGGCGAGCAAACAGAUCGCUCAGCACAGGUGACGUCGUUUGA